UUGUAUAAUGGUGAGUAUUUUGGGCGGGCUGUUAAAAAAUUAGAAACAUAUAUCUGAAUUCUGGCACACCCGUUCAAGCCACGCAAUGAGUGUUUUCUACUGUAAAACGAAAAAUCUGCGAUUGAAAAAAACUGUGCAAACACUUUUGCCUAAUUCUCUCUGUUCGCCGUUAUAUUUCGCACUACAGUAUUAAAGGAACAUGAUACAUUUCAUGCGUUGGGUCUUGUCGCGAUUGCUAACUUUCUUCGCAGGACCUCAAAAAAUAAGAAAAGUAGCAAGUCAGGUAGAACUCGAUGCGCUGAUUAUCAUGCUAUAUUUAGUUUUUCAUGAAGCUUAUCUAGGUUUUGAGCUACAGGGUGCACCGUUUUUACAGCGUUUUGCUGAUUUUUGUGUUGCUUGAGCGGGUGUGCUGGUGUCCAUCUUUGUCAAAAAAAGUUCUUCGAACAUCACAUGACAUCCCGAAAAACAAAAACACCCAUAUUUUGAAGUUAAAAGUUAUUUUUAUUUUCCCUCUGGGAUGUGCUGCACAUGCACUUAGUAUAACUUAGGUUCUUCCUUCCUCCAAUCUGCCUUUUUGACUUCCUAGUUUAUUUCAAGUACUCACUUCUCGCAUACACUUGGAAGCAAAGAAGAUAUACAUGUUUUUUGUUAGUACGACAAAAAAUCAUUUUUUUUUUUCUGUUGCUUUUUUGCUUUUUCUUGAGAUCAGCUGUUGCAAUAGUACAAAAUCAAGAAAAUGUGGAGGAUGAAGCAAGAAGAUUUGCAUUCAUUUUUACACCGCAUUUCAUAUUAUUCUAGAGCUUAAAAUUUGUUGGCGGGAAAAUGUUGCAUGUUCCACUUUUUCGUUUAUUUGUUCUCUUUUUUUCGUAUUCAUAUAUAUAUAUAAAUUCUCUCAUAUAAUAUUCGUCCCAAAAAUGCAACUUUACGAUUUUUUUGGUUGAUAUGACACACUUUCAUUGUUCUACUAUUAGUUUUUAUUUGUUUAUGUGUUCUUGAGGUACUAAUUUUUCGGAAUAGAACACGGGGUUUCUAACUGAGCUCUGAAAAUUUUCAGAAUUUCAAUAUUCUGGUUUUUACUCCAGUAUAUUUCUACUUAUCUCAACUCUGACUAUGACGUGGCAAAUUCAACAAAUAAAUGUGAAUUUCUUAAAGAAUGAAAAAUUAUUUUCAAAAUUUGGGAUACGUACCUCUUCAAGUAGAAAUUCAAAUUUUUAUUUUUGAAAUCAAAAAUCUGAUGUUUUUCUGAUUGUGAGCAAAACGUUUUUUCCAAGUUGUAGCACCUUUUCGCCAAAAAAGUUGGCAUAACUCUGGUCAAUCACUACGCGUUUCUGUUACGAAACCUGGAAAUGUUUCUUCUUGACCCUCCACUCUCCUUGAAAAAUCAACACAUACCAAUAAAUCUACUCGUAAACGACACUGAUACUAGGCAAAAAUAAAUCAGGCGUCGAAAAUUUUCCAGUUUCAAGUUUCACUUUUUUUCUUGCUUCUGCAACUGCUGUCUUCUUCUCAUUUCUUCCCAGAUAAUAUAUUUAUCACACAAAAGUGAUUAGGCAAAAAAGAAGAAGAUGAAGAAAAGGAACGGAAACUAUCAGAGGAAAAAUGGAACACAAAUGAGAAAGAGAUAAAAAUGAUGAUGAUGAUAGAAGAAUUGCCACAGGCAGGCAAAAUCUCCAGCAGAGAGAAUAGGAAAAGAAAAUGGAAAUAAAAGAGAUGAGACGAAGAACACAUACAUAUGUUUAUGUAUUUUUCUUGAUUUUCGAGGUUAUUUCACUUGAUUUCUAAAAUUUUUGUCAUGAAAAUUGAGAUUUGAUUUUAUAGUUGAAACUGGUUAUGAAAAUUUUCAACUGAGAAUAUUUAUGACAUUUCUAGACCAAAUUUGAAAAAACAUGAGAAAUUCUGGGAAUCUAGAAAUUCGGUUAUUCUGCUAGGUAAUGUUGAACUCAAAUUUUUGCCCUCUGAAACUUAUGAAUUUCAAUAUAUUUUUUGUAUUUUGCGAAAAGUCUGAAUUUUACUCAAAAUCAUUUCCUAAAUUUCCCAGAACUCUGAACUUUUUGAUCCCAAAAAAAUGUAGUUUUUUUGUUUAAUCCAAAUAGUACAACCUAUCAAAUUUCGUAUAGUGCAUUCAUUUUUUUUUCUCUGUCUUUUGAUAUUUAUACGAAAUCGUAAUUCGAGAGAUGUUCAUAAAAAAAUGCAUCAUUUUUUUUAUUUUAUGAUGAUUGUCUUUGUACAUUUUUCUCCGGAAACGUUCUUUUUUUUUAGUGUUUUUUGUUCGGAAAAGGCAGAAAACUGAUAAAAGGAUGAUGAGUCAGGGAUUAAUUUUUAUUUAUUUAUUUAUUUAGGCAGGUUCAAAAGCAUGGGAAAUAUGACGUUUUCGAGUUUCACAAGAAUUUUAUUUAUUUUUUUGCUGGACCUGAAAUUAUUAUGAUCAAUUUAUCAAAAAUUCCCGCCCUAAAAACAGGAUUGAAAAUUUGCGAUCAUUUUUUUUUGGAAAGUUCCAGAAAUUGUCCUGGCACGUGCAAAAUGUUUCUGCGCAAUGCGAACGCGCCCACUUUUUCUCUCAAUUUUCUCAUGCUUCAUAAAGUAUCCGGUCUCUGCGCCUCUCAAUCCUUCGCAAUAUUCUCUAGCAUUUUCUUGCGCACACAAACUUUUUUUGGGUUUGCGUUGGAACGCGUCAUGGAAAAUGCAAGUAGUAUUGUCCUUCUCUCUGUCUUAUAUUAUUUUAUUUUAUUUCAUCUUGUCCCUUCAACAGAAUUUUGUGUUGUGUUGUACUUUUGUGUGUGUAUUUAUGCUUUUGUUAGAAAAGUAGUAGAAGAAGAAGGUUAUUUGAGAUGCUGCUGGUGAAAGUUUUUUUUUUGUGUUUUGGAAAUUUGUUUUACGAAUGUUGCAAAGUUUUACGAGAAAAACGUUUUUGACAGCGGUUUUUUUCUAAUUGCUGGUGUUUUAUUUUUGAAAAAAAUCGGGAAAAAAUCCUGUAGAAUUCAAUUCUAAAUUCUCCUUUACCUAUAAAAUAGUUUCAGAACAUUUUUUUUCAAAUUUUUCGAACAUAAAUUCUGAUUUAAAUUUCCGGAAAACUUUCAGGUUCUUGAAAUUUCAAUUUUUCUCGAAAAAUUUUCGAUCUUGAAGUUUAGCUUCUGACCAUUUGACCUCAAUUCUUCAAGUCCUCAAUCAUAAUUUCAGCCACUUUUCCCAUUUUUUCUUCCCGAAUUUAUUUCCAGUUUUCUAUUCUCCUGAACUGUUCUUGUUUUUUUUCUUCCUCCUCCCAAAUAUUGACUGGGUCAUUGAAACAUUCAUUCGUUCAUUUCCAAUUUCCAUUUUCUUCCAAUUCACUUUUUCCUCGACUUUUUCUUCUUUUUUCCACUGCCAAACAAAAACACCUGAUUUUUGUUUGUUGUUUUUCUUUUUGUUUACACGGCGGUUUAGGGCUUCCUUCCUUAUACGUAGAUUGUUGCUCGACUUUUUUUUGAAAUAAGAUUGGAACAGACAAAGGGCAUAUUUGAGGGGCUUUUUGAAGCUUCUUUCGGGAAAAAUUUGAGAAUUACCCAAAGAUUUACGAUCAAAAAAAUCAGACUACAAUCAAUGUUCUGAAAUUGAUUUUUGAAAUUUCUGACCCUUCUUUCUAGAUCAGAAAAAAAACUCACUAUACACUCUGAAAACUACCCGGUCAUCAAAGUUUGAACACAUGUCAAAUGUUUUUUUUUUAUGUUAUGUUUCCUCUUCUCAAAAAUGACCCACCGAAAAACUUUACGAUUUGAGACAGAACUAAAAAAAUUUCAUAUUCAAAAAAUCCAGUUUUUUUUUCUCCACUGGCCUGUGGCGUAAGUAAAGUAAAAGAACAAAUCGGAUUACGGUUUUCUCUUCGAAUUUCUUUCUCAUGAAAUUCAACACACAUACAAAAAAUGAAUUGUAUAAUUGUUGUACCAGAAAAAUUUCGACCUAUUUUCAUUUCUCAUAAUAAUUUUCUCAGACAAUUAUAUUUUGUAUAAUAAAAUCUGAUAAAAAUGACUCAUUUUUUGUGUGGCCCCGCAAGAAAAUUGUAUUUUUGUGUGUUUUUUCUUCGCUUUUUUGCUGCAAGAAAAAAAAACUAUACAUUUUCAUAAUAUUUAUUUAUUUUUUGUUGAAAAAUAUUGUUGUUUUUGAUUUGUAUUUUCGAUGUUCACUUUUUUGCUACUUUUAUUGUUUAUCGUACUUGAAAACUGGUUUGAUUUAUUAUGUAUAAAGAAUGAAAAUGAGGUUUUUCAUUAGGUCACGAAUAUUUUGUUUUUUUUAUUCGAGAGUGAAAGAGAAACACUUGUCUAUUGAAUAUUAUUAUAAUAAUAAUAUGAAGGUGUUUGAAAUAUACACGACACGAUAUCUCAGUUUUCCGAGAUUUUUCAAUUUCUUCCGGUUUUGAAUUUCGAGGAUUGCGAUCUUUGCGCACUUUUACGGAAAUUGAAUUUUUUGGAUUUGAGAAAGCUUGAAAAUUUUAAUUCUAUUAAAGUUUGAAUUUCUCGACAUUCUGAAAACCGUUGAAGUUAUCUUAACUCAAAAAAUGGAAAAUUUUGAUUUUCUAUACUUUUUGAUCUAUGGAAAUCAGAACUUUUCACAAUUUUUCUGAAUCAAAAACUUCAAUCGAAGGAAUUCAAUCCAGAUCUUCAGAUAUUUUGAAUUUAAUUUUACUUAGAACAUUCAAAAAAAUUCCGAAUUCAAUUUCUCGCUCCCGAGUUCAGUUCAUAAAUUUGCAAUCUGUUGCCAUGAUCUUCUUUCUCCCAAUAAAUAUCUAUUUCUUUUCAUUUUCAAAUCUCCGCACAUUGAUUUCAUGCAGGAAAAAAAAUAAUAAGUCAAUUGUGUCCCACUUUUUUCUUCUCUUCUUCUUUUUUUUCAUUUCAAUCUUUUUCUUCUCAAAAAUGACCUUCAACACGUCCUUUGUGGUCUCAAUGACAGGAGACAGAUGACCAUUUUUAGGUUUUCAUCAAUCUCAUUUACUAUUUAUGCAUGUAGCUGCUAGAUUUUUCGUUGUUUUUUGCAGAUUUGAAAAUCAGAACACCAUAGGUUCCAAUUUUUAAACACAAAAUUUUAGUACUUUAUUUUCUCAACCAAUAUGAAAACCUGGAAUUUCAAAAUUCAAUCUUGAAUAUUCUCAAAAAUUCUGAUAUACAGUAACAUUUUCCCUGAAAAACUGAGAAUUUUCUUUAGUUUUUGUUUUUUUUUGCUAGGUUUUCCCCUUUGUUAGAAUUCUUUUUCGCACAUUUUCUUCAAAACAUCUGAAAUUUCGAGCCCGAAAAACCCAGGUGUGAAAAUAUGAACUUUUGAAUUUUACGUAGUUCCAAUAUUCCUCCUCUUCUCUUUUCUUAGUGUAAACUCAAACAUAUCUGCGUCUCUCCAACUUCUCUUUACUCUCUCCCUGAUUAUCAGACGUGUUUUUUUUUUGACGAGACCAGAGAAAACAUAUUAGCUUGUUUCUUCUUCUUUUUUAUUAUUAGAUUAGAAACACAAUUGAUUACCCCAUUCAAUUUUUAUUUUAUUUUUAACUAAACCAACAAAAAACUGAACUGAAAAUAAAUAUUUCUAUUUUCCCAAGGUUAUUUUCAGGUCUUUUUCCUUUUUCUUAUCAAAACUUCUUAGUCACAAAUCAAAAUUUGGUAAAAGUCUGUGUAAAUACAUACAAAAUAUAAAAAGUACAAGUUUUUUGCCAAAGAAUCAAAAAAAAAUCUUUUUUUGCGGUAGUAUUCAAUUCCAAAAAAGACUUGUGCAAUAAGCGGCCAAAUCGACCGGUUUUCCCAUCGAAGAAUAUAUACAUAUUAUAACUUUCGAUGUGUAUUUACAUGGAGCGCUGCCAACACACAAAAUCUAGUUGCAAUCUUUUUUUUGACUUGACUUAACUUUUACCUUUACGUGAGAAUCUUUUAUUUUUCAAAAUAUUAUUGGUUUUGACGCCUUUUGGGUUUGAGACCAAUAUUGAUUCAAGUGAUUAGAAAAAUUGAAAUUUUCGUCUUUCUUAGUUUCUUAUCAAGUUUUUCUUCUCAUUUUCUUAUUUUUGUGGCAGUCAUUCUGAAAACCGAAAUGUUAGGUUUUUGAUAAUCAAAAAAAAUAGGCAGAACCGGGGAUCGAACUCGCGACCUCUUUAUUCAAAAAGCAGAAUUCUCAAUCACUUGAUCAUCUGAUGUUUCUAAAUAUGCUCUUCUGGGGCUUCAAGUUUUAGAUUUCAAUUCUUCUUUGGUUGGCAAAAACAGUAUCCCCGUUUUUUUCUUUUCGAAAAAUAAAUUCUGAAAAACCACUCGUAUAAUUCUUCUUCUUCAUUUUCCCUAUAAAUUUACAAAUCCCAUAUUUUUUGUCAGGUAAUCCAAAAAUGUCACCACGCGACGAUUCGCCCUAUACAACUCUCGGCGUUUCGUCAACAUCCAACGAGGAAGAAAUCAAAAAAGCCUAUCGAAAAUUGGCUCUAAAAUGGCAUCCCGACAAACAUACGGACGAAAAAUCGAAAGAGGAAGCUGAAAAGAAGUUCAAGCAAAUUGCGCACGCUUAUGAGAUUUUGACUGAUAGUGAGUAGAGUAAAUACAUAGAAUUGGGAAGGGAGUAGACUAAUUGACUCGGAAAGCACAGAAGAGAAGAAAGACAAAUAGAAAUCGAACAGCGCGCGUCACUUUUUUUGGUGAGAUGAUCUUUUGUGACAACAACAAAUGAUUACGCACGUGGAAUUUUUUUUUAGGAAAUACAAAAAAAUUCGAUUGGGGGGGGGGGCAGAAAUUUUGUAUUUUACUUUUGGUUUUCUGAAAUUUAGAUUUUCCAAUAUUCUUACUGAAUUUUUAAUUUUUGAAAUAAUUUCUCAAAAGUUUCUUAACGGUCCCAGUCACCCCUAAUUAUAUUUAUCCUUGAUUUUUUUGAACUUCCGUCAUUUUUGGCGCCAUGAAAUUGUAGUGGUCUAGAAAAUUUCCGGUUUUGAAAUUUUUUUCGGAGUCUGACAGGAUAAGUGUGUUUGAGAACUUUUUUUAAAUGUUUUUCGAGAAAAAAUUGAAAAAACAAAGAGUUUAUUAGUUUGAAAAAACUUUCAAAAAUUUACAAAAAAAAACAAGCUUCAAAAAUUUACAGAAAUUUCCAAGCUCUCCAGAUUUCAUUCUCUUGUUUUCCAGAAACCAAACGUGCCUCGUUGGAUCGUUCCGAAAACCCACAUCGCCGCCGAAGUGCUCCAUCACAUGCCGGCAGUCCUGGUUUCCGAAUGCAUCAUCCACAUUCACCGCAUUUCAAUGAUAUGUUCAGAUCGCCUUUCGAUAUUUUUCGCGAAUUCUUCGGACAUCGGGACCCAUUUGAGAACGUCUUUUUCGACGACGCUUUCACAUUUCCCGAUGUCGACUCGUAUGCAUUCAAAAGUAAGCUAUUUUUGUUGAAAUUUAGGGAAAAUUGGAAUUUAGGAUAACUGAAAGUAUAAUUUUCGAAAACACAAUUUUUGUUUGAAAAAAAGAUAGGGUUAGGGAAAAUUCACAAUUAUAAAUUGAAAACUUCUCGAAAAAUCAUAAUUGUUCUAGAACGAUCAUCCGAUGUCUACAACAACAACAACAACAAUAAUUCACACAAAUGCGACUCGCCCCGGUUUUCGCCAAACCGAGUACACAUUUUCUACAACGAUGCCGACAAAAAGGCCCGCGAUGACAAGAACAACUCGUUUUCGACCGUAAUUCGGUUUUCGAGUCCAACCGAACCGGGUAAAAAUGCGACUGUGAGAAAAACAUCAAUGAGCACCAAAGUUGUGGAUGGCAAAAAAAUUGUGACGAAAACUGUGGAAAAUGAGGAUGAACAUAUUAUUGAGGUAUGCUUUUUUUAGAAUUGGGCUCGAAGUUUUUGAAAAAAAAUGGUAUAUUGAAAGAAUAUCUGACAUAUUUGUAGAAUUUAACAAAUUCCUAGAAAUGUUAAAUUUUGGCUCAAAAUUUUCAAAAAAGAAUUUCCAAAUAAUUGUUUAAAGGUACACGAAGAUGGUGAAUUAAAGUGUCGAACAGUUACAACACCACCAACAUCACCAACAUGUCCCCCACAAACAACAACCGUCAUCUCUGCUAAAUGA